AAUAAGUUCAUAUGUUGACAACCAAAUAGUUGCGGCUUUCAUGCAAAACUUUGUGAAAACUAAUUGCAUUUAAGUGUUUGAAAUUUACGUCCGAUAGUUUUUGUUCACUUUUGCUCACUUUUGUCCCAAGAGUUCCAAAACGUUAAAAACGGAGAUGUCCUUUGCCACAGAUCUCGCAUCACAAUCACAGGCUCCCGACGCGAAAGUGAAAUGUCAGGUUUGCGGGGGAAUGUUUAAAAAUGCACACAACCUACGCAGGCAUAUGAGGACCAUGCACACCAACCGGGAGCGACCCAGCUGUCCCACGUGUAAUCGGGUAUUCUCCAAUUCAGUCAACUUACGGGAACAUAUUGAAGUCGUCCACAGCACGGGGGAACGACCCCGUUUUCCAUGCACGUUUCCAGGCUGUGAGAAAACCUAUCUAAGAAAGACCGAAGUUUCAAAACACGUAAAAACUGACCACACCCAGAAUCCAGUCCGAUAUCCGUGUUCACUUUGCGGAAAAGAAUUUAAAUUUAGGAACAACCUUACCACUCACAUUGCCUCCCACACGACGGAAAAGCCGUACAAGUGUACCACCUGUGGGAAGGGUUUCGCCAAAAUGAUAAAGAUUAGACGUCAUGAGAAGACACACUUAGAAAAAUCCAGCCGAUCCAGGAUCCAGUGUCAUCUCUGUCGUCAGACCUUCUUAGGCCGGGAUGGCCUACAACGCCACAUUCGAUUUUACCAUCAAAAGGAGAAGAAUUAUCAGUGCACAUUGUGUGCCAAUUGGUUCCAGUCAGCGCGAUCUUUGAAGGGUCACGUGGAGGCGAUACACCCGGCGAACAAGGAGAAGAUUUAUUCCUGUAACAAAUGUGAGUACGGGAGCCACUCAAAACGCAAUUUCGCUCAACACGUGCGCACUCAUAAUGCUGCGAAUUGGCGCAAGUGUUACUUUUGCAAGAAGCAGUUCUCCGGCUGGCAAAUAUUGGUCAGACACUGUAGCCGAAUUCAUUGUCUCGAGAAGUAAACGAGUAAAUAUUUUUCAUUGUGCCUAUAAUUUAACUCUCGUUUGACAGUGGUAAUUUUCAUGCACAAGCGAUGUUUUUUUAGAUUAACGUGGUAAAAUGGGCGUUACUUUUUUGUUAGCGUUGAAUUAAUCUCAUUCUGACAUGGAAAAGAGGUAGCGUAAAACUACCAAGUAAUUGAUGCAUGUAUACUCAAUUAAGUAAAAAUUGUAUAAAACCAAUUGUUACUUGGAAUUUUAUUUGGGUCGGCAGCAGUAAUUUUUAGUGUGGGGUAGCUGAUUUUCUUUAAACUGAAAAUCGCACCUUAAUCAAUCUGUAUUCUACCAAUGGAAAUAAUUACGAACAUCAGCUAACACGUUGAUGCAUUAUCAAAGGGUCGCAUUUUUUUACUAUCACAAAUUGAAUGAUGAUUUGGAAAAAAGUGAGCCUUAAAAUAAGACAAAUUCGUACAUACGUUCAUAUACCCUAGCUGCAUGCAUAUGUAAAUAUGUAUGUACGCAUUUGUAAUACAAGUCGAACCAACGUUUGCUGUACAUAUAU